AUGUCGAGAUAUGAUUCCUUCCUCUCGCUCUGCCUGGCUCAGGCCGACCUCUCGCCCCUGCAUUAUCGACACGGUGCCAUCAUCGUGAAAGGCGGCAAAGUCAUCGGCCAGGGCUUCAACUGCUACCGCCCGGGUUUCGACGGUGGCGCUCUCAAGAGCGGUGCUCUACCAAGCUCGAGCCUGGACGGCCUGGCUAUCGCUGAGUUGAAGCAGCGUUUGAAUUCGAAGCCGAAAUGUAAGUCUAAGCUGCAAAAUCAGCCGGACGAGAGUACUUUUACGCCCUUCGAGUCCAUGGGCUGCGGCCACAACGCCAAUGUGGCUCUCUCGAUGCACAGCGAGAUGAUGGCCAUCCGCAGUGCUCUCUCCCUGUCUUCCGGUAUCCAGGCCUCUCAAACCUCUGCCCGCUCCGCGAAGUGCUUCCAAAAACCGUGCUUCAAGUUACCGGGUGAUUCUAAAAAACGCAAAGCCCGAGCACGAGGCCUCAAAGCCUACGCGAAAGCCAUCUGCGAGGAAGCAGAGGCCGCAGCCGGCACUGGUAACUCCUUCGCUGGCAAGCCCUCUCUUCAAGAGUCGCCUUUUGAAGCCGGUUCAUCUCAACCAGGUGGGUCCGUACGAGGGCAACAAGGCCAACGACACGGAGGAGAGCAGCGGGUCUCGGAACGUGAAGGGGAACGAGAACGUGGCGGCGAACACGUGGAAAAGUGUGAACAAAAAAUCAGCCAACAAGAAGUCGUCGGACAGCUAUCAGUAUGGGCAUCACCUACAAAAAAGGUUUCUAUCCCGCCUAGACCCCAGCAGAUCCUUGUCACGAAAAACAAAUCCACCUCCAAACCCAACCUCGCAGCACGCACCAAAGACUCGCGUCUCAAUGGCUCAGAUCUCUACGUCGCCCGCCUCGGCGCCUCCAACAAGACGCCUCUCCUAAAACCGAAAGUUCGGCCAUCCGUCAACCCUCCCCCGCUGUCAUCUCCCCCCAAAUCCGAGCCAUCCUCCCUCUACGACGAGCUCUCCUUCCGUUCCCGCUCAGCUGCCCCUUCCUCGUCAUCCUCCAUUCCCAAGCCUGAGGCUGAGCCUAGGCCAGAGAUUCGCGCCUCGAGACCCUGCUACAGAUGCGUAAGCGCCAUGCACGCCGUCGGGAUCAAGCGGGUGUUUUGGACUACUCAAGGCGGGGAGUGGGAGGGCGCCAAAGUCAGGGACUUGGUGGAUGCGUUAGAAGUUGGGGCCGAGGGUGAUGGGAAUGAAGGAGAGGGCGUCGGGACAGGGCAGGAGAGCAAAGGGGUUUUUGUGACGAAGCAUGAGGUUUUGAUGCUGAAGCGGAUGAUGGGGCUUUAA